AUGGCCCGAUCGGACCUCUCCGCGGCGCCGCGGCUGGUCGACAAGGCGACGCGCGAGUGCGGCCAGGCUGGCUCGGGCGAGAGCGCUUGGGUCGCGCUGAAGGACUUUGCGCGCUGCUCGGACGCCCAUCUCCUCGCGAUCGCCGGCGCGGUGUGGGAGCACCUCGGCGCCCCGCACUCGCAGGCUCGCUGGCAGGCGCUCGAGCUGUGCGCGCGGCUCUGGCCUCGCUCCGCCGCCUUCCGGCACGCGCUGAUGCGCGACAUCCCCACCUUUGUCCAGCUCGUGUGCGCCAUCGCGCCAGCCGCAUCUGCUGGACGCGCCGCCGCUGCCCGUGGCGGGCUGCCACCGCCCGAGCACUGGGCGAAGCAGCUGCAUCGGCGCGGCGUCGAGCUGAUCGAGAGGUGGCACGCGUCGCACGGGCACCUUCCCGAGUACCGCCAGCUCGACCUCGCUCGCCGGCGCGUCUGCACCAGCGCUGCCUCCGCGUCGGCGUCUCUGGACGACGGCCCUCAGGCGCAGCGGUGGGCAGAGCAGUGGCAGCAGCUGCGGGACGGAGGGGCGGAGGCGAGCCUCGCCGAGGCGGCGGCGGCCGUCGUGCAGCUCGGCACGUGCGUCCAGAUCAUGGCACCGGUGAUGGACGAGGCGGACGGGGCGGACGAGGCUGCGGCAGCGGCUAGCGGCGCGAGAGGAGGCGCGAGAGGAGAGGCGGCGGCUGCGGCGGCAGGGCAGGCGGCGGCAGCGGCGGGAGAGGCUGCGGCGGCGGCGCGGCGGCCUCGCCAGGGCGGAGCGACGGGCGAGGAGAUUGCUGGCGGGGCGGCGGCGGCGGGACUUGAGGUCGCGGCGGAGGAGAUGGAGGAGGAGGGAGAGGAGGAGAGAGAGGAGACGGAGGAGGAGACAGAAGAGGAGGAGGAGGAGGAGGAGGAGGAGGAGGCCGCUAAUCUGGCCGGCGCACCUCGCAUGCACGCACUCGGCGCGGGCGCCGUGCAGAUCGACCUGCGCCAGCCGGAGCAGCGCAGCGAGGAGGAGCGGGCAGCCCUCGGGGAGGCGCUGCAGGGUGCUUGCCGAGAGGCUCUCCAGCCAGCAGAGCUGCUUCUCCCCGACGGCGCCACCCGCACGCAAGAGGGGGAGGCAGCCCAGGGGGAGGGGGAGACCGACUCCGAUUCCGACUUUGAGGACGUGCCCCUGCUGCCGGCGCAUAGCCUCGCGCGGACUGCCGCCGCCUCCGACACGCCCGCCGCCGCCGCCGAGCGGGCGGCGCUCUGUGGCGCGCCGCGCCGCGACGGAAGCUUGUGUCGCGUGGCCGUGCCGCCGGGCGGCGUGUGCCCGUUCCACGGCGAGCGGUGCGAGCGCGACGAUGACGGCAUCCCCUUGCACGACGAGUGGCGGCAAGGAGGGGAGCGGCCACCCGAGGCUCCGGCCGCAGAGGGGCAGGCGGCGCCAGCGCCAGCGCCAGCCCGCGGAGAGGUGUCGCCUCCUCCCCCGCGUGCGAAGCGAUCCCGCCCUCGCCGCUCCGCCGCGGCCAGGGGCGGGCUGGAGGAGGUGGAGAGGCCUCGCUCGCAUCCGCAGCUCCACGCGAGGCUCGCUCGGAAGCGGCCGGGCGGCGCGGAGCGGCGUGCGGAGGCGGCGCGCGACGCGAAUGCCGCCACACGGGCGCGGUUCAAUAACUUAUGGUGA